AUGGAGUCUGACUUUCCUUGGUUAGAUGCUUUGUCAACAGCCGCAGAGCAAGGCAAUGAGACCAUUGUUCGGUCGCAACUGCUGAAAUCUGUCGACCCCAACUCAACGGAUCAUGAGUACGGUCGUACAGCAUUGUCACGGGCAGCAGAAAAGGGUCAUGGCGACGUUGUCAAUACGCUCAUUGAGUUCCACGCGGACGUGAACGCGGUCGACGCUGGAAGCGGCAGAACCGCUCUUUCAAUGGCGGCUGAGGCCGGCCACGAUACGAUUGCGGAGCUGCUUGUUGACAGAGGUGCUCAAAUCGAUCAAAUCGAUUUUAGCUUUCAAACACCGCUGCUAUAUGCCGCCCGUGGGGGCCACUCUCCCAUCGUCCGCCGGCUGCUUCAACGCCAAGCAAAGGUUGAUCAUAGGGACGCUCGUGGCGGGCGGACAGCCCUCUCGUGGGCUGCCGGAAAUGGCCAUCAGGACUCCGCGAAAAUUCUGCUGCAAUUUGGGGCGUCGUUGAAUUCCCAGGAUGACAUGGGCUGUACACCGCUAGCAUGGGCAGCGAGAGAAGGUCAUGAUGGCGUGCUGUGCUUCUUGCUGGACUUUGGUGCGGACGUCUACGCCCAGGAUUCCGAGGGCCACACAGCACUCUUUCGGGCGGCGGCGAAUGGGCAUGGUGCUGCGGUCAAGCUACUUGUGGAAAAGUAUGCUCUUGACGGCAAAAGACUUGCAGUCAAUGAGAGUCGGUCCAUCAUGAUGGCCGCAGCAAAAAAUGCUCAUGACGAGGUUUUUGGGAUUCUUGUGGCAGAAGAUAUCGCUCCCGUCAACUGCCACGACGCAACUGGCCGUACAAUGCUAUCACAUGUUUCCGGUUCAGGUAAUCCCCGAAUUGUGAAGCUUCUUCUGGGCAAGGGCGCCGAGGUGAACAGCCCAGACGACCUCGGCCGCACCCCUCUGUCAUACGCAGUGAACUUUGGUUGCACCGAGUCUGUCAAGCUGCUACUUGAGCAUGACGCCGACCCCAACUAUUCGGACAAGGACGGCAGAAGUCCACUAUCUCUCGCUUCCCAGAACGGGCAUCUGAAAAUCGUUCGGCAUCUGCUUGGGCAUAACGCCACCGCCGAAUCAUCAGACAAAUACGGUGUCAGUCCAUUGUCGUAUGCUUCUUCAGCUGGUUAUGACCAAGUCGUCCGACUGCUUUUGGAAAGCGGCGCCAAUGCAAAUUCUUUUGAUGAGAGAGGCCGCAGUCCGCUGUCGUACGCCGCAGAGGCCGGAAACAUCGCACCGGUUCGAGUUCUGCUCGGUGCAGGUGCUAAAGGCGAUACUGUCGACGACGACAACCACAGCCCUUUGUCGUACGCCUCAGAGAAUGGGCAUAGAAAACUUGUACAAGUAUUGGUCACUAGCAUCGCCGACCCCGAUUGCGGUGAGCCGCUUCGGUUCGCGCUGGACGACAAGCGCAUCGUAAGAGUACUACUUGCAAACGGCUGUAGCCCGUUUUCUGACCAUUACGACACUGGAGAGUCUGGUCCGCUGAUUUUGGCUGCUGAUGAGGGCGACGAGACUCUUGUCGGAAUGUUUCUGCGUGUCCAGGAUCCUGCCAAAGUCAAACACAUCCGAUCGACGCUCGUAUACGCUGCCGGCGCUGGGAAUGGAUCGGCGGUGAGGCAAAUCAUUACGCACCCAGAGUUUCCAGCGCUGGUAGACGUGGCUUUAGAAGAUGCGUUGAAAGAUGCGUCGAGUGCUGCGCUAAACAGUUCUGAUCAGUCGCUCGCAAGCUUUUUGACAGAAUACCUUGAUACUCUAGCUAUUCAAUCAUGA